GGAGCGCGAGGUGUCCAGCCACACGUUUUAACUAGCCUUUGCCACUCACCAGUGUCAUCUUAGGGCCCUGUCCACGCCACACGCGGAAUUAAGGAGACGAAUAUUUGUGGAUAGCCACUGGUAAAGCCAUGAAGGUCAAGGUCUGUGCUCUGAUGGUCACCCUGCCUCUGGCCAUUCAGGCCGCUUACUACAGCAGCCACAAGACGGACGAGCAAUGCGGCCACUGCUGCCGGGGAUUUAUCGGGCCCGCGGGGACGCCGGGACAGCACGGUCAGCCCGGUCAUAGGGGCGAGGAUGGGCAGCCAGGGCCAAAGGGAGAGAAGGGCGAUACGGGAAACAAGGGUUUCACAGGCAUGAAAGGAGACGAAGGGCCUGUUGGUCCCAAAGGAACUCGUGGGAGGAAAGGUGUAAAAGGAGAAUGUGGCCUCCCAGGACCGCAAGGCAUAAAGGGGGACAUCGGACCACCGGGACCCACAGGUCCACCCGGAGAGCCAGGAGUAAAAGGAGCCAAGGGUGACCAGCCGGCACGUGUUGCCUUCACUGUGACCCGAAGUGAGCCCCUGGGACCUGUGCUACAGAAGACGCCCAUUACGUUCGACAAAAUACACUUGAACAUCGGGGACAGCUUCGACGUCUACUCGUCCCAUUUUAUAUGCAAGGUCAAUGGCACCUAUCUAUUUACAGUCCACGUGCUCAGCAUGGAGAACCAGACGGCUUACGGGUGGCUGAUGCUCAACAACGACCACCAGAUGGCGUUUCACGGGGAUGCGCAGUCGCGCCACGGAACCGGAAGUAACACAGUCAUUCUCAGGCUAUCCAAGGAGGAUCACGUCUGGAUUCAGCUCAAUGAGAACUCCGCAAUACUGAACCACUUCUCUUCCUUUUCGGGCCACAUAUUGUUCGAAGAUUGAGAUUAUGUGAGAACUUACUAGGAUUCAAAAUGUGACAGAUGUGUGUACGGAACAAAAUGAUUGGAAUGGAUGGGAUUAUAUACUCUUUUCUUCGUUCAACAUCUCAGCGGAAGUGAUGACUUCGCCAUUAUCGUCGUCUAGUUUUUGUAGGUAUGACUAUACAACACAUUGGAUAAGCACGCUUUUUAACCAUAACGUGUUCAUUAAACUAAAAAGCUACAUGUUCCGUCGAUUUCUAUAAAUAGCGGUUAAAAAUGAAUAGAUUACUUUGGGAUGCUACCCACGUGACAUUUCGUCAGCAGACGACUAGACUUGAAGUACUUGGAAUACGACGAUGUGAUGCUAUACAAUGAAACCAAAGGCUCAGUUUCUAAGGAGAAGGCUCACCAUUCUAUGAUGUGACCUAAUAUAUCGUAAGCACUUUUCUGUUGUUCUUUGCUGAAGGUGGUUACACAAAUAUUGUAUAAUGUGUACGUCUAUCAUGUCAAUGUUUACAAUGUGAUUGAAUGGACACGACAGUGUAAGCCGUGUUAGUGCAUACAUGUAUGGAGCUCUAAAUCAUUUUAUCUACGUUUACUUGCUGUUGAUAUAUUAUGUACAUAUAUAGUACACAUUCUCAUUGAUUCUAUAGUUUAUAUUUUAUAUCUCUAUUUCAAAUACACACAGAUGUGCUAUUGUUAUAAAGGUUAGUGAAAUAAAUACUAUGAACUAUACUGUGCAAACAUUGGAUCAAACGCAAGGAAUGUUCGUAUGGGCCAUACGCUAGAUAUUACAUACAUGCAGCAGAAAGAAAAAAACACAGCAAACUGAAGUACUGUACACUCGAGCAAUACUUUUACAGAUAUAUCGCAAAAUAUAGAUGGCGAAAUAUAAAUGUGUAUUUCAAUGACGUCAAACUUUCACAUUUUGUCUAUUAACAAAAUUGCCAUUAGCCUCAUCGUUACUCUAUAAACUGAAAAAGUUAAUAAUGUUUUCUGUACAGAUCAUUUCUUCUAGAGAAGAGCCUUUGUGCUUUAAGCUAAUUUAAAGCCCACACUUCACCCUAGCUUCCCUCGGCAAUGACUGGGUAGGAACACACAAAUAAUUGGACUACAGGUCUUGCGUGGAAAUUAUUUUCAAUCCUCAGCCACAGCCUCGAGAUAUGUCCAGACUCUUACGCUAUCCGAUCAACUCGCUAUAGAUGUCAGCUCUGAAGUACUAGGACACUGGGUCACUCUUUACGUAUGUAUUUAUUUCCAUUGGUAAAGAACAAAACAAAAGCUCCCUUUGAAUAUUCAAUCUACGUUUCUGUCACUGAUAUGCAUUGCUUCCAAGUCUUCUGUUCCAAUGAAAGCAAUUAUUCUAGCAAACAACUUUCAAAUAUUCAUCUCAAAAUGAAGACAAGAUGAAAUUAUCCAGUUAUCUGUUUAGUAUUGGGGAAAUACUUUCAGACCUAACUGCCUAGGUAUGAUAUAAUAUAAUAAAGUUCAUUAUUUGUGCUCUACUUCGAUAUAAUAUCAGAAGUGCCGUACUUACACAGCAAAGAUAUAUUUUCUACUUUGUAAUACUGUGUGAGUAUAGCCCAGUAGACUAUAAGCCAACACACUCAAGUUUCAUAAAAAUGCUUUACUUAGGUUUACUUUAAACCUUAAAUAGUAUUGGCCUAAAAACACUGAAAUUUGGAAUAGGAAAAACUGAAUAAAGUGUGUGUGUGUGUAUACUAUUUAUUCAAGAACACGGACAAGCCAAAGGCUUGGCUAUUAUCGAGGUAGGGGUAAGAAGUAUCUUUAGAUUUCUAGUCUAUGGGUUAGCAAGCAUUUGUAUAGGUUUGUGUAAUGGUUGUGAAUCUGGCCAUUCUUGUCCAUGCCCAUACAGUUUGACACUAAAAGAUUUUUACAUGUUUUUGUUUCCCCCCUGUCUCCAGUGUGUGUGUCACGUCAUCAUUCAAACAGAAACCUCAGUGGCUGUGUUAGUAGUAUGUGUGUGUGUGUGUGUGUGCGCGCGCAUGUUUGUGAGGGACAAGGCCACAAGACGGACAGCUCCGAAUCAAAACAUUUUCCAGUCUUAUAGUUUCGGCCAACAUUUUCUGACUCGACGGAACCAAUGUUCCAAUUAUCUUGAGAUCUAAACCAGUGUCAACUUAUUUCUACUCAAGGUCAUGCAUCUACAUCAAGAAAAAAAAAAACUAGAUCAAGAUUAACAUUGCGUAACAGUUCAAAUGUCAAAGUGCAACCAAGAAGAGACAGUGUCCUCUAGCCGACUGACAAGGUGAUGCACUCAAAGUGUCCUAACUUUCAACAUACUGUGUACACACUUGGUGUGACGUUCUUUUGGAGUCAGAUCUAGAUCUUAACUGAAAAUUACUCACUGAGUCAGAUCUAUAUGUAUUCAUGUCACUGUUAAUCGAAAACAAUAGAGAGCCCAAAACUGACAUGACCUGAACAAUGUACGUAUGUAUUGCUCUGUACAAUGAUGUCCUUUGAAUGUGGAGUUGAUCUGUCUGGACAGCGGAACACAUCUCUCAUGUAGUUUUGAACAAAUCUGUGUUAAGAUGUUUUUGUAUGCUUUAAGACAAUUUAUUUGUAGAAUGUAGGUCAAUUAGAAUCAUUUUAUCAAAUUGUUAUAUUCUAUUUUAUAAUAAUAAAAAAAAACUUCAAAGUUAUAACAGUGUCUACAGUGUAUUAUCGUAUUUGCGGUGCAUUCGUGUCUAGUGAGGUCAGGUGUGUGUCUACAGUGUAUUAUUGUGUUUCAAAUGUAUUCAUGGGUGUCUAGUGUGGUCAGGUGUGUGUCUACAGUGUAUUAUUGUGUUUCAAAUGUAUUCAUGUGUCUAGUGUGUGUUCCUGUGUGUCUAAAUGGUGUCCAUGUGUCAUCAUUUGAUUCCGUUGCUUUUUUUUUUGUUGUUUUUAUUUUGUAAUUUACAUUUUUCUUUUAACGCUUGUAAGUAUGUCUUCAAUUUAUAUUUGAUGUCAUCUAGUAAAGCUUCGUGUAUGGUUCUAGGCAACACAAUGAAUACAAAAAAAAGAAUAUAGCUUCAAUGUAAAGAUACAACGGAUUGAACAAUGUUAGUUCAGGAUGGAGCGCAAAGGUUCAAACAGCAAACAAACAAAUUUCGAUAAAAAGUUUUUUUUUAUUGAGUUUUGCUUUUGUGAAUAUCUUUCUUCUGUGUCACUUUCUUCUGUGUCACCUUCUUCUAUGUCACUUUCUUCUAUGUCACUCGUAAAGUCAACGUACUAAGGCCAGUAUCAUGACUUCAACUAGAACUACCGCAUGCUAAAUACCCCCCCCCCCCACAUUUCAAUUAAGUCGUCUUAUACAUCUGACAUUGAAUAUCAAACAGCUUCAGACUCAACAGUGUCGAGGGAAAAAAGUUCGUUCUAAAGUUUUAGAUCUUUGGGCUUCGCUGACAUACGGCAGACUUAUAAAUGACUACAUGUGUGUUACAUAUCUUGUAGUCACUAGACAUCCAAGUCCAAGAUGUCAGACAGGGGAACGAAACAUUGAUUCUAAUAAUGACUAAGAUCACCCUCCCCACCCCGAAC